AUGCAGGCGGCUUCGAUAUUUAAUGGAAAAUAUGUAGUUUAAAAGAAGAUAUCCUCUGGAUCUUUCGGAGUGGUUCUAUUGGGACAUGAUAAGGAUAAGAAUAUGGAUGUGGCAAUAAAAAUAGAGAAGGAGGAAAAUGAGGAUGUGCGUUCUUUGGAAAGAGAAGUUCUGGUGCUGGAAAGAUUAAAUGGAAUUGAGGGGGUUCCUAAGAUGUUUUGGCACGGUGAGUAGGAUGAAUACAAUGUUAUUGUUAUGCAGGUUUUGGGGAAGGACUUAGCAUAUUAUAUGAAAAACAAAAAGAAGUUUUCGUUUAAAACAGCAAUCCAAUUGGGAAUUUAAAUAGUUAAGGUUUUGGAGCGGAUCCACAAUUAGGGAGUGGUGCAUCGAGAUUUGAAGCCAGAGAAUGUGCUGUUUGGCAUAGAUGAUGAAUCUUCUAAAAUUUAUGUGAUUGAUUUUGGAAUUAGUAAAAUAUUCAGAGAUAAAAAUGGAAAGAUUCAGUAAUAAUCUUGAAUAUCAGGUAGUCCUUUUCGUGACAACACAUCCUUCAUUGGGACCACUAGAUAUGCUUCAAUAGCAGCACAUAAGGGAUAUGAGUUGAGUAGGAAAGAUGACAUUGAAUCAUUGAUUUAUGUUCUGUUGUACUUCGUGAAAGGGUAAUGGAAUUGCGUAUUAUAAAAAGUCUAGGCAGUUACCAUGGCAAAAUAUGUAGAAUGUCAGCGAUGAAGAACGAACAGCGAAAGUGGGGGAAAUGAAGAUGUCAAUAGAUCCCAGGGAACUAUGCAAGGACGUACCAAUGGAAUUCGCUAUAAUACUUGAGUAUUGCUUUCAUUGAUGAUUUAGGUAUCUCAAAUAGUUGGAAUAUCAGAGCGAACCUAAUUAUAAUUUUGUGUAUUAAUAGUUUGAAAAGGCUGCAGCCAAUUUGGGGGUUCAAUUGGACUUCACUUUUGAUUGGGAUUAGUAAUAGGCCAUGAAGAUAUCACAAAAUGCUAAUCAGGAAAGCAUGCAGCGAUCGACUACUUUGAAUUAACAAUUAUAAUUGCCAUCGACAGGCGAAAUGAAAAAAUCAUUAGAUAAACAAGGAAGCAAUCUGAUCAGAUAGUAUAAAUCCAUUUAAAUCUGAUUAGAAUGAGUAAUAAUCAAUUCUUAGCUCCUCCUUAAUCAAAUUAAUUACAGCCUCACACUUUAAAGAGACAGGAUUCUUCGCAGUAGCCCAGCUUAGUGUCAGGCAGUGUUAUGUUGAGUACAUACAAUUCAAUAAGGCCGAAAUAUUAGCCCUCUUAGUUGGGUUUAGAUGUGAAGAUGAGUGUGGAUAGUAUGCCUAAGGAGCUGAUUCAAGAGUAGAGGAAAACAUCUGGGUCGGCAUAAUAGAAGAAUGCCCAAAAUCUGUAUACGGAAACAGUUGGUUGGAGAGAUUCGAUCUUUGAGGAGAACUUUGAAGAAAUCCCGUUAUCCAAAAAGUAUGGGAUGCUUUAAUAGAAAGGAGUGGAUAUGUAGAAAAAUUGAUUAUUUGUAAUUAGGUACAGAAAACCCAUGCAUUCCAGUGCUAGUCCGAACAGACAAAAGAAGAAAAAUUGA